UUAAGCUCCUUUUACCAGCUUACAGGGCAGGUUUCCCAUCGAAGAAGCGUUCUGCAAAGUGCUUAACUACCCCACCUCAAUCCCAGACGGGACCAAGGGACAAUAUCGAAACAUAUAUCUCUGUUUCAGUCAAGCUCUUCAAGUUUAACUCCCAACGAACGGAAUUUGAACCAAUCAUUCUACUCAGGAGCUUUUUCGAUCACACCGUUCCUUUUUUGGGUUUACCAGAUUUAUGGAGCUUUUAUGUGUUUAGCAACGUUGGAAGUGUUUUGGACAGUGAUCGAAGUAAUGAUGGAUGUUUGCAAUUGGGACGGAACCGUGUCUGCAAAGGAUUUCAGAAUUGGUGCUCUCUCAUUUGCUCAGAAAUGGGAAAGUCUUAACUCUGCUUUUCCUCCAUGGUCUUGGGUUCCUUGUCCUAAGCACUCUUGGCUUGCUUCUCAUGAGCUUUUGCAGGAGGAGGGAUACUUGUCACUGGAAAAUAUAUGCAUUUCCAGGCCAAAUGAGGAAGAUAUUGAUCAAAAUAGUCAAACUGACCCUGGGGAAGAAGAGACCAGUUGCUCUGAGAAAGAAGAUGAUAUUGACGAUGCCACAUUGGUCCAAAGCAAUCAUCAUGAAUUGCAUUACUGUGACUUCCAUGUAGUAUACAGUUAUACAUUUAGGGUUCCGGUGCUAUAUUUACGUGCUUACUGCAGUGAUGGACGACCUUUGCUGUUGGAUGAAAUUGAGAAGGAGCUUCCUGCCUGCUCUUCAAAGGAAUUGCCAGAAACAAAAUGGGCGUUCAUAACUCAAGAGGAACAUCCAUACUUGAAAAGGCCGUGGUACAAAUUGCAUCCAUGUGGGACCAGUGAGUUUAUGAAGCUGCUUUUCCUUGGUGGUGAUACUGCUCAGCCUAAAUUGGAGGUGGUCCUGGAACUCUAUCUCCUGUCAUGGUUCUCAGCUGUUGGUCAAGUGGUUGGUCUUACGAUCCCUUGUAAAAUGUUAAAUGACCGCUGAUAGUCCCGCCUUUUUUCUUUCCAGGUUCUUAUACAGUUGAAUCCAAUAUUUUUCACUCAAUAAUUUUAAUUCUUUUUUCUGCAAAA